AUGGCCCUGGCGGACAGCGCCCGCGGGCUGCCCAACGGCGGCGGCGUCUCGCCGGCGGCAGGAAGCGGGGCUCCAGGGAGCGGGGCGGCCGCGGCAGCGGGCGGCUGGUCGUCUUUCCCGGAGAUCGUGGAGCUGAACGUGGGCGGGCAGGUGUAUGUGACACGGCGCUGCACCGUGGUCUCGGUGCGCGACUCACUGCUUUGGCGCAUGUUCUCGCAGCAGCAGCCCAGCGAGUUGCCCCGGGACAGCAAGGGCCGCUUUUUCCUCGACCGCGACGGCUUCCUUUUCCGCUACAUCCUGGACUACCUGCGGGACCUGCAGCUGGUUCUGCCGGAGCACUUCCCCGAGCGCAGCCGCCUUCAGCGGGAGGCUGAAUACUUCCAGCUUCCCGACCUGGCUCGCCGCCUGGCGCAGGCUCGGGUCGCCGCCGCGGUCCGCCCCGCCGCACUGCAUCGCGACGGAUCGCUCUGCACCGAUGAGCCGCCGCCGCCGCUCCUCGGCUACCUGGAGGCCGAGCCGCUGGAAGGAGGCGGCGGCGGAGCCGCGGCGUCCGCGCCGUCGCCCACCGCUAGCCGUAGCCCCUCGGGUGGGCCGCUGCUUACGCCCUCUCAGUCGCUGGACGGGGCGGGCGGGCGGCGCUCGGGAUACAUCACCAUCGGCUACCGGGGCUCGUACACCAUCGGGCGGGAGGCGCAGGCCGAUGCCAAGUUCCGACGGGUGGCCCGCAUCACCGUCUGCGGCAAGACGGCGUUGGCCAAGGAGGUCUUCGGGGAGACGCUGAACGAGAGCCGCGACCCCGACCGCCCUCCCGAGCGCUACACCGCCCGAUACUACCUCAAGUUCAACUUCCUCGAGCAAGCCUUCGACCGGCUCUCCGAGGCUGGCUUCCGCAUGGCCGCCUGCUCCUCCACUGGCACCUGUGCCUUUGCCCCCGAACAGGGCGGUCCUGCGGAUGACAAGAUCUGGACCAGCUACACUGAGUAUGUCUUCUGCCGGGACUGA